AUAACAUAGCCCUAGCUACCAACAAUGUGGCCCUUCAACGAAGCCAACUAUCCAGCCUUCUUCCUCUUUGUCUACGACGCAUGGGUUUUGCACACCGUCACGCCACUAGUCUGGCGCUGUUCAACCAAGGAAGUAUUACUUCCUCUGUACCAACGCAAUGUUGACCGUCAUCAUUGUGAUAUAGGCUGCGGCAGCGGCUACUACCUCGUCCACAACACCUACACCCCCGAAAGCACAAUCACCCUCCUCGAUAUCGAACCAGCCCCGUUAUCUUCAACCACCACCCGUCUACACCAAUCCCACCCCACUCUUCCCGUCCACGCACACCAACACGACAUCCUAUCCCCCUCCCCUAUCCCUCCUCCACCACCCCCGUCUUCCCUCUACGACUCAAUCUCCCUAACUUACCUCCUGCACACUCUCCCCGCUUCAACAGCAACCAAAGCCAGUGUCUUCGAGAAGCUGAAGCCAGCCAUCGCACCCUCUGGGGUUAUUUUCGGCGCUACGAUCCUCGGCCGUGGAGCCUGGCAUUCAUUCCUGGGAAGGGGGUUUCUGCGCUGGUUGAAUUGGAAAUGGUUGGAUAAUUAUGAUGAUCGGCCGGAGGUGUUUGUUGAUGCUUUACGGGAGAAUUUUAAGGAUGUGAAAUGUGAGAUUGUGGGGUCGGUGUUGAUUUUUGAGGCGAGGGAGCCGAUUGUUUAGAUGGGGUUGGAUAUGUUUGUGGGCAUUGAGGAAUCUGUUGUCGAGAGUAUUUAUAUAAAUAUCACAGCUUUGCGUAUCCGGUCGCCGGUCCCUUCCAUACGAACUUCGCCAGUUCA